GUUAAAACACUACAAUCCCAGGAUCCUCUGGGGCAGCCGGGAUUUCCGGGUUCGGUGUUGCCGUGUGAAGGCGUGUGCCGAGCCGAGGAGACUAGUUGGAAAUGACGGGAGCUGUAACCGGAUUCCUGAUCACGUAUCUAAACAAAAGCAACGGGGCAUAAGGCACAGAGCUUGGACACUGCGAUUUAGGGUUGGGCUCGAUGGAGGUGAUCAGGAGCGCAGUGACUCCACGUGCACCGGCACCAGUGAAGCGUGUGUCUGAGGUGGACUUCCGCUCAGGCACGGCGCUUGAGCAGCUGGCCUCGCACGUGCAGGAGCUUGUGCAGCUUGAGCAAGGCGAGUUUGGGGACCAGACUGCACUCGAGGUGCACACAGCCAAAGACUUCAUCUUCAACAUGCUUGGCCUGGUCCAGAAGGUGGACAAGAGGCUCCCAGUCGCAAAUGAGUACCUGCUUUUGUCCGGUGGCGCCAGAGAGGGUGUUCUUGAUCUGAACCCAGAGGAGCUGGGUGACUAUGUCAGAGGUGUGGACUUUGACCUGGACUUCACGCUUCUGGUGCCUGCCCUCAAACUGCACGACCGCAAUCAACCUGUAACUCUAGAUAUGCGCCAGUCUCCGCCGUGCCACUCCUGGCUCAGCUUACGGCUUUGCGACCCAGGCAUGCUAGCCCGAUGGGGGAUCUGCUGCGAAGACGAACCUAACAUUCAGCGCCAGGAAGAUGGUGAAGAGGAAGAAGGUGGUUCCAUAUUGGGCUCAAUUCCUUCCCUCCAUUCUCCGCAGUCCUUGGAUGGAUGUUACUUCUCACCCCUGCUGGUCACGGAAUGGUUCUGGAACGUAGUUGGCACAGCAGUGGAGGAGCUAAAGCGGCACCCUCAGAGAGGGAUUCCAGUUCCGGAUCGCGUGGAACGCAAUGGACCUUUGACGACGCUGAUCCUCAAAGCAGGCACCAGCCGUGUCCUCUAUGAUCUCUUACCCGUUGUGUCGUUUCGAGGCUGGCCAGCUGUAGCACAAAGCUGGCUCACUACCAAUCACUUCUGGGACGGAAAAAUCACAGAGGAGGAGGCAAUCAGUGGGUUUUAUCUCCUGCCUUGCUGCUCCCCAACAGCUGUCUCCGCUUCCAGACCAGACCGUGAAUGGAGACUGGCCUUUUCUCGUAGUGAGGUCCAGUUGAAGAAGUGUGUGCCUUUUCCUAUGGCCGCAGCCUUCCAGGCAGCCAAAGCUGUUGUGUCCAGACUGUUGGCACGCCCUCGUACUGGUCUUAGCCUUUACCACUUACGCACUCUACUCUUCUGGGCUUGUGAUCGCUUACCUGCUGCCUACUUGAGCUGUUCAGAGCAAGAGACACCAGCCCGUCUGUUCCUGGGUCUCCUGGAUGACCUGGCACACUGUGUGCUGGGUAAAAACUGCCCCAACUAUUUCCUCCCUCAGUACAACAUGUUGGAACAUCUUACUGACAAUGCAGCUCUGCUGGUUGCCCGGAAACUAGCACACUUGCGCUCGGAUCCAGCUGAACAUUUGCGUGCGGCAUUGGAGCAAGCUCGGCAGGCAUGCCAGUUGAAACGAGAAGCUGCUGGAACGAGUAACGGGCAUGGGGCAUCAUCGCCAAGCUUGGGCCCUUCCAAAGCCACCUCCCCGCAAGAUGAUCGUCUAGCCCAGAGACUGCAGCAGCUGGUUACGGAAAACCCUGGCAAGUCUAUUUCGGUCUUCCUCAACCCAGACGACGUGACGAGACCACACUUUCGCAUUGAUGAUAAGUUCUACUGAAUUGGAGGAGCCCCAGCAAGAGCACCAUACACUGCCUGAGGAAUAAAUAACGCCCCUCCUUCUUCCUUUAUCCACUGAAGUAAAGCUAAUAUUCAAAGUUAAGAGCACACCCACACACUCCUUCACUGUGCAUUGUGCUGUACUGUAAUAAAGCCCUCACAUGCAGGCUGGGCAUAAUCAGUGAUCUAUUUUGGCCAACGCUACAGUCUGCAAGCCAGCUCUGCGAAAUAUGAUUAAGCUGCUACUAGAGAGACCAUCUGUCCCAAAUCAAGUCUGCUGUCAGCUACAUGGCUGUUGCUACCGAAAGAAAAAAAAGAAGUCACCAAAUGGAGGAAGGCCCAUGAGCGGCUGUUUUGGGAUCUUGUAUGCCAUUUGAUGAGAGGCCUUGAAGCUGUAUUGCUCAGUGAAAUCUUAAUCCUGCAAUCUGUAUUGGAUUAUAUUAUCUUGCACAGCCUGAAACACUAGUUCAGUUAAGGGAUUUAAAUCCCGCUACAUAAUGCUGAAGAUUUUUUUCUUUCUGUUAUAUACUGGUAAGCAGGAAGGUGGGCAGUGAUCUACUCCAAGGUAUAUUUCAAAUCACUGGAUGUUGAAUGUUUUUAUUGCAAAGAAAUAUGAUGGACUUUAACACUGAAUAUGCUUUUUUUUCUUCACUCCUCUACUUUUAUCUCUUAAUCAUCUCGUUCUCUUUCUCAGGUACUUUUUGUUGCGAAGAUGAAGGCAUUUCCAGUGUGUAUGGUAUUGCCUCUGUGCCUCCUACUAUUUUAUGUGUCUCAAAUGACAGACAACAGUUAAAAGGCAGCCUUAGGCCCGCAAGCCAUGAUGGCUAGGUGAUAAGAGAGAGGAUGAGAUAAAGGUCUAGUGAGUCUCCAGUGCAUUACUUUAAGUCAGCCUGUCUUACACAAGACUAGACUGAACCCCCUAACUGCACUAAAGCUAUAUUUAGGAAAAGCCACGGGCCUGAAGCUUGUCAAAACUUUAGUUUUCUUACAACAGCAUCAGGAAUUGGUGCAUUUUUUUUGACACACUUUUGUUUACCUGCAUUCAAUCAACUACAGAGCGAAAUUCUGCUAGUGGCACAAAUAAACAAGUUCUGAUUUGACUACUCUGAAGAAGAAAUGACAAUACGUCUGCCUGUCAACAGAUCAUUUAUUAUAUUUGGUAAAGUGUCCUAUAAUUGUGUAUGAUGAUUUUUUUGGUUUAGCUUUUGACACUGAUUUGCUGAUUUGCUCUCAGCUUGGUGCUUAAUUAUACUGUAUUCUCUACAAUAUAGAUGUAUGUAUCGUAAAUUUCACGCUCAUAUUUUUUGCUACCAAAAACGGUGUGCGUGUGUGAGACAGCUCAUAAAUACAGAAGCUCCUGUUAAUGUGUUUUGAAUUACCCUGUUGUAUCUGUUUAGUUUCAUCAGCUAAGCUAAUUAUGAUAAUCGCGAGAGAGGGUGAUAAUAGUACACAUGUGAUGCAAAAGAUCUGCAGACAUAUUGGCAAACGCCUGCGUAUGUGGUAUCGGGUAAGAUCUUUCUUCACAGAUGUGCCGUGGUUGCUUUGGGAUGGAUGACUGAAUGGAGGGAUGAAUGUAGUUAGAAAGCCAGCAGCAGUCUCCUCUGGCAGAUUAGCCAGAAGUGAUGGAGCACCUGGGAGUUCAGACAGCUGCUUCUCUCUCUCUCUCUUCCCCUCCCUCCCUCAAUGUCUUGCUCAUCCUCAUUUUUCUCUUUUAUCCAUUUCUCUCCAUCAUAGAAAUAAACGCGGCACAAUUUUUCUUUCAUUUUGAGAUUGACGCAUCCCAAAAUGUAUCCAGAGAGCAGAAGUCACGCUCUUGAACGAUGUGUACUAAAAAAAAAACAGGCUCGUCAUGAUUAUGUCUUCUUUUCUGAAUAGCUGUAAAUUGCUUGUAAGUGUCAUAGAUUUGGUAGGUUGAAGUCAUGCACUUGAGAGAUCUGAUACUACUGAAUAGACUGAAAGCACACAACUGUCAUAUACAGUAAAACGUAAAAGAAAAAAAAAAAAAAAGAAACCAAAGGAUGAGUUUAGAUCACGCUCGGAUACUGCAGAAUGUAACGGAGGUAUAACGUAUUGCUAAAACAGGCUCUUUAAAUAGGCUUGAAUCGUGUACACUAUUUAUAUAAGUGUUUAUAACAUUUCAGACCGUUAAUGUAUGUGUUUUCUUCAAGUCUGAUCACUGUACCGUACAAUGCCUAAUCUCGUAUGAACAAUCGUCCUAUGCAAUUUUGCUGUGUGUGUUGGGAGCGUAUCUGUUUUAGUGAAAUAUGAGCCCUUGCCCUGGCUGCGGUAAUUACCAAGAAAAUUUCAUACAGAGGAAAAAUGAUCACAGUGGCACAAAUCGAACAGUUUCUGCCUCAGGGGAUGACAGGAUGUUCUAAUAGCCACAAUUUGGAUGUGAUAACUUUAUAAAAACCAAAGCUUAGAACCAUCGCUACUUUCCCCUUCUUUGCAGUCAUUUCAUGUUGACAAAGCAGGGCUGUAAUUUUUAUCAAACAGGCAGUUAUUAAAGUGACUGUACAGCAACGUGGCCGUAAUGCAAGAGACUGAACAACGAUAACGAAUGUAUACACGUUUUAUGUUGAAAAUUACUUUUCAUUUCAAUGAAUCUGGAUGGAAAACAAGACUAAAAUAAAUUUGUGCAGUGAUAUGUAAAGGAGUUUAUAUUGCAUAUAUUUCUUGUAUCAAAUGAUUUACUGAUUUCUGUGUGUGUGUGUGUGUAUUUUGCUGUAAUGCACUAAAGGCAUUUUGGUUGGGUUAUUAUUUAUCUUUUUAAUCAUGUGCGAUACUGUUAAUCGUAGCAUGAAAUAAAAUAUUAUAUCAGAAAA